AUGAAGAAACAAGAAGCCUCUGAUCCUGACCGGGACAGCAUUGCCCCUGCGCAAUCACAGAUUGAUGAAGCAUCUAGCGAGCCGAUUCAAGAUGAUGCUGUAUUCGGUGAGAUCCGUGAAGGGGAUACCAACUAUCGGAAUGUGAGCUGGCUGGGAACCACAGCUCUCAUGAUUAAAACUCAAAUCGGCCUGGGAGUUCUUUCGAUGCCUAAAGUCUUCGAUAUCCUUGGAAUAGUGCCCGGAAUAAUCCUUCUUCUAACGAUCGCCGGGAUGACAUCUUGGUCGAACUGGAUGGUGGGUGUCUUCAAACUACGCCACCCCAAUGUUUAUGGGAUUGACGACGUGGGGAAAAUGAUGUUUGGACGCUUUGGCUAUGAAUUACUCGGUGCAGCAUACACUUUGUACUGGAUCUUUGUUGGUGGUUCGGCUCUGUUGAGCAUCUCGAUUUCCCUGAACGCACUCUCUGACCACGGGGCUUGCACUGCAGUCUUCGUGGCUGUCGCUGCCAUUAUUGGAUUGAUCUUCUCCAGCAUCCAAACCCUUGGUCGUAUCAGCUGGUUGGCCUGGGUAGGUGCUGCCUGCAUCAUUACUGCAGUCUUUAUCCUCACGAUCGCCGUUGGAAUCCAAGGUCAUGCUCCCAUGACAGACGGCGUGAUCCCAGCGCCAGAUUACAAACUCUUUGGCAAUCCGACCUUUGUCGAGGCCAUGACUGCUCUCUCCACCAUCUCCUUGACCUACGCGGGAACCCCGGCGUUCUUCAACAUCGUCUCGGAGAUGCGUGACCCGCGACACUUCACUCGAGCCCUAACCAUCUGUCAAGUCACUGUCACGGUCAUUUACAUUGUAGUCGGAACAGUCGUGUACUACUACUGCGGAUCGCAUGUUGCAUCACCCGCUCUGGGUUCUGCGGGGAUCUUGAUCAAGAAGAUCAGCUACGGAUUCGCUCUUCCGGGGCUGGCUGUCUCCGCCACUCUCAUGCUUCAUUUACCCGCUAAACACAUCUUUAUCCGCAUUCUUCGGGGCACCAGACACCUGACCGGCCAGACUCGGACCCACUGGAUCGUGUGGCUCGGGUCCACCUUUACGGUGACCUCGGUCGCAUAUAUCGUCGCAAGCAGCAUCCCGGUCUUUAGCGAUCUGGUAUCACUUGUGGGGGCUCUUCUCGCCACGUCGUUAUGCUUUCAACCGAUGGGAUGUAUGUGGCUGUAUGACAACUGGGGGCCGGGCCGGCAGAAGAAGUCUCUGCGGUGGUGCUUGAUGGUUGCCUGGUGUAUCUUUGUCAUCCUGACCGGCUUCUUCUUGACGAUAGGGGGAACAUACAGCUCCAUAGUGAGCAUCAUUUCGUCUUACGAGAAGACCGGGGGGUCCUCUGCCUGGUCUUGCGCCAAUAAUGAUAACUAGGGAACCCUGGGUACUGUUGAAUCUGUGCAUUUAUGUAUAUAAGCGGGCAACAGCAGGACAGUGACUGUCUCUUGUACCUAGUUCCAGUGAGACAAUCGAGUGAAGCUUUUUGAAAGUUGUUGUGCAUACGUUCAACCCUUCCAGGAGAGAUCCUAGUAUUAGGGCUACUGUCCCCAAACCCAGUAGAUGUCUUUUCUCAUUGCUCUAAAAUCGAGCCAAAAGCUCUUCUGCAGGCUUAUGUUCUCAGAAAGUGGUUUACUUUCAUAAGCUGUUAGGGCCCUGUCCUCACUUGCAGACAUCAACACACCUUUUGCGAUCGGAGGCUCCGGUCGGGUGCAUACCAAGUACUGUGCACAUAUGACGUUGAGGU